AUGGCACCUCCGUUUGGUUUCGCUUCGGGCUCUUCGACUCCAGCAACGUCGUAUGGUUCCAUCUGCCGAGACAACCAUGAUGCUGGUUGUAUCGAGAGUGUGGCGGAUGCAACGGGCUUGUUGGCUACCAACAAUGAUGAUUCUGUCGGUGGCGACGAAGACAGCUUAUUCUUGGACAAUCAAGAAGAGAAGCAACAACGUCUUUUGCAACGAGUCCACGACUUUUCCCUUCCAGUGAAUCCCGACAAGGCGUACCGUGCCACUCAAUUGCGCCUCCUGAACUUUCAACGUCCUCAUAUGCGUGCCUUUCACUGUUCCUGGUUGUGUUUCUUUGCAGCCUGGUUGGUAUGGUUCAGUGUCGCGCCACUACUGCCCUACGUGCAAGAGUCUCUCUCCAUUACCAAGCAAGAUUUGUGGACAUCCAACUUGUGGAGCAUGGCAGGAGCGGUGGUGCUCAGAUUCCUCUUGGGACCACUGUGUGAUCAAAAUGGUGCCAAGGUCAUUCUCACCAGUGUCCUGGCGGUCUGUGCCAUCUUGACGGGGAGUAUGGGAUUCCUCACCGGAAACAGUUUUACCACAUUUUUGGUACUGCGAACAUUGGUGGGAUGUGUGGGAGGGACACUGGUGCCAGCCCAGUAUUGGGUCACAGCACACUUUGUCCCAGCCAUUUGUGGUACUACCAUGGCCAUGGUGGCAGGGUGGGGCGCCAUGGGUGGUGGUAUUGCACAAAUAUUCAUGGGGUCCAUCGUAUUCCCAAUCUGUUUGCAGCUGUGCCACGAUGAUGCCGAUUUGGCGUGGCGUGUGGCAUUGCUGGUACCCGCCUCCAUUGCUCUACUGAUUGCCUACUUGUCGUAUCAAUAUGCCGAUGAUACGCCUCUGGGAAGUGUCCAUGAAGUACAACAGGCUGGACUAUUGCAGGCGCGCUCUGCGGUAGAUUCCUUCCGGGCGGGAGCUGUCAACUUGAAUGCCUGGCUGCUCUUCUUACAAUUCGGGGCUGGAUUGGGCAUUGAAUUGACCAUGGAAUCUGGCAUAUCUGUACAUCUUGCCGAACGAUUCCACUUGUCCCUAUCACAAGCUUCCUCCCUCGCCAGUCUCUUUGGACUCAUGAAUAUAUUUGCCAGAGGCCUUGGUGGUUGGAUUUCUGACCAAAUGCACCAACGAUACAGUCUGCGAGGACGGCUUGUCAUUCAAUGGGUCUUUAUGGUAUUAGAAGGAGGCAUGAUUUUCGUUUUUUGUCGCACUACAACACUACAAUCGACGCUGGUGGCCAUGGUAGUCUUUGCAAUGCUUGGGCAAAUGUCCAUGGGAACCUGCUUUGGAAUUGUCCCCUACGUGGAUCCAGCCAAUACAGGGACCAUUGCGGGGAUUGUGGGGGCUGGUGGCAAUGUUGGAGCCAUUUGGUUGAGUAGUGUCUUUCGAAAUGCAUCCUCGGACAUGGCGGCCUUUCAAGUUAUGGGAUUCUUUUGCAUUGCCAUGUCAUUGCUGACUCCCUUGAUUGUCAUUCGGGGGUAUCGAGGUAUCUGCUUUGGAACGGAACGAGCGGCUGUGGGUCAAGCAACGGCAACGGGAACAGCCAGCAACAAUCCACAAAGAAAGCAUCGCUUGAAACCAUUACAAUCACCAUUGCUCGUGCCACGAAAUGUCCUAGUAGUCAGGCUUGGCCGAGCCGAGGAGAGUGAUGAACCUUAG